CACACACACACACACACCCAAAAACAAAUUAAAAAACCUAAAAUGAGACUUCAGGAGUACCUUUUGGGCUAAUGCCUGCUGCCUGCGUGACAAAAAACCGAAACAAUCAUGCAAUACAAAUCGAAAGUGAAAUUACUUUUAACCUUUUAUUUCAGUUAGUGGCUAACCAUUGGAAACACAGGAACCAAGCAAGGACACCAAUUCCGAGGGCACCUUGGAUCGCGGAGGCAGCGCCAGCUCUAGCCCCGGGCCCAGGGCGUCCUGCCCAGCCCGUCCGGUUCCGCCUGACGUCGCCGCUGGCUUCCAGGAAGGGCGAGCGCAGCCGGGGCGGCGCUGGACUCGGGGCCGCGGAGAAUAAUGGAACCCGAUCAAGAUGACAAAAGUCAAGCACUUAAAGAAAAACAACUGGAUGAAGAAUCUAUGAACGAGGAACAAAAUGAGGGAUUACUUGAUGAAAUUAGAAAGGAAAAUAUCCAGCUACAGGAGGAGAUCCAGAAGCUUGAAGCUAAGUUACAAGAGCCCACCAAGGAAUUCCAGAUUAAAGUGGACAUUCCUGAGACACAGGUGACAUUCACAUCAUUAGAGAAUCCUGAAGAUGACAGGCAAUUUUUACUUAUCUCCUAUUCAUUUCAAGUGAGCUCACAAGUAUCUUAUGAGCUGCAGAAAGGACAAGCACUUAUCACCUUUGAAAAGGAAGAAGUUGCACAAAAUGUGAUUAGAGCGGGAAAGCAUCAAAUGUGGAUAAAGGAUGUGAAUGUGGUGGUUACAGCCAAGCCAGUUCCAUUGAAUGCAGGGGUCAGAUUUCAGGUUCACAUAGAAGUCUCUCAAGUGAAGAUCAAUGUUACUGAAAUUCCCGACGGGUUGCCUGAAGAUCAGAUGAAAGACAAGCUGGCUCUGAGUUUUAGCAAGUCCCGGAAUGGAGGAGGGGAGGUGGAAAGCGUGGACUAUGACAAACAGUCCCGAAGUGCUGUCAUCACAUUUGUGGACACUGGAGUCACCGACAAGAUUUUGAAAAAGAAAGACUACCCUCUUUACAUAAAUCAAAGCUGCCAUAGAGUUGUUGUGUCUCCAUACAUAGAAAGGCGCUUGCAAAAGUAUCAGGUAUUUUCAGGAAUAUCUAUGAGGACAGUGCUCCUGACUGGACUGGAGCACAUUCAGAUGGAUGAAGAGACUGUGGAGGAUUUCGUUAGCAUUCACUUUCAGCUGGAGAAGAAUGGGGGUGGAGAAGUAGAGUUUGUAAAAUGUUCCCUUGGUCAGCCUCACACAGCAUAUUUUGAAGAAUUGGGUGAUGGAACAAUAUGAAAAUUAGAGCUUUUGAGCUGAAAUCACUGUAAACAUUUGACAAAAUGAAUAACCUUUUCUUUAAAAAAUGAACAUUUUACUUCUUUAGUGUCAAU